AUGGGAUAUGGUGGUGAUCAGGAUGCUGGUAUGGGAUAUGGUGGUGAUCAGGAUGCUGGUAUGGGGUAUGGCGAUGAUCAGGACGUUGGUAUGGAGUAUGGCGGUGAUCAGGAUACUGGUAUGGGAUAUGGCAGUGAUCAGGAUGCUGGUAUGUGGUAUGGUAGUGAUCAGAAUGCUGGUAUGGGGUAUGACGGUGAUCAGAAUGCUGGUAUGGGGUAUGACGGUGAUCAGAAUGCUGGUAUGGGGUAUGGUGGUGAUCAGGAUGCUGGUAUGGGGUAUGGCGGUGAUCAGGAUGCUGGUAUG